AUGGUCUCCUCUCCACUCCUCGAAUUCAUUUCCACCACCUCCAGGGAAGAAGGCGCACCCCUCCCCUACCCGCUGUGGCAUCUGCGGGACAUCCCCAGUCUCCUCUCUCACAUAUGGACCGAGUUAUGGACGAGUCUGGGCCCGGCAGACCAUGUGCUUUCAUUGGACGACUAUCACGGCAGAAAUCAGCUUGGACAAAGAAUAAAACUCUACCUUCACCAACAGCCCAACCCAGACCAGGGCUCCGGUCCAAGCUCGCCCAUUCCAAUCCAACAUUCCAUCUCUCUGAUCCCCGUCCCAGACCAACACAGGACCCACCCCAAAACCCUCCCUCCCUCCUGCCUCCUCCCCAGGGGUCGUAACACGGAGCUGCCCUUGGAACGGCCGAGAGGAUGGCACCAGAAGAAACAAUAG